CCGAUUGGCUGCGGCGGAGAGGGCGGGGCGGGGCGGCGGGGAGCGGCCGCGGUGGCGUCGGCGGCGUCGUGCUGCGGGGCCUCAUUGGGCGCGUGCGGCCGCCCGGCACCAUGGCCUCGGAGCUGGAGGGCCCCAACCCCGCGCGGAUCAUGACGUUCCGGCCCAGCAUGGAGCAGUUCCGCGACUUCAGCCGCUACAUCGCCUACGUGGAGGCGCAGGGAGCGCACCGCGCCGGGCUGGCCAAGAUCGUGCCCCCCAAGGAGUGGAGGCCGCGGCGGUGCUACGACGACAUCGACGAGCUGGUGAUCCCGGCGCCCAUCCAGCAGGUGGUGACGGGGCAGUCGGGCCUCUUCACGCAGUACAACAUCCAGAAGAAGGCCAUGACGGUGCGCGAGUUCCGACGGAUCGCCAACAGCGACAAGUACUGCACGCCCCGCUACACGGACUUCGAAGACCUUGAACGAAAGUACUGGAAGAACCUGACGUUCAAUGCCCCCAUCUACGGUGCUGAUGUUAAUGGCACGCUGUAUGAGAAGCACGUAGAUGCGUGGAACAUUGGCAGACUGAACACGAUCCUGGACAUCGUGGAGAAUGAAAGUGGCAUAACCAUCGAAGGAGUGAAUACUCCUUACCUCUAUUUUGGCAUGUGGAAAACUUCGUUUGCUUGGCAUACUGAAGACAUGGAUCUCUACAGUAUUAAUUACUUGCAUUUUGGGGAACCCAAGUCAUGGUACUCUAUCCCUCCAGAGCAUGGGAAGCGGCUGGAGAGACUUGCCAAAGGAUUCUUUCCGGGAAGUGCCCAGAGCUGUGAAGCGUUUCUCCGUCACAAGAUGACCCUGAUCUCUCCAUCAAUUCUGAAGAAAUACGGCAUCCCGUUUGAUAAGGUGACGCAGGAAGCUGGGGAGUUCAUGAUAACCUUUCCUUAUAGUUAUCACGCUGGCUUCAAUCAUGGAUUUAACUGUGCUGAAUCUACCAACUUUGCUACUCUUCGGUGGAUUGAGUAUGGGAAGCAAUCUGUACUGUGCUCAUGCCGGAAGGACAUGGUGAAGAUCUCCAUGGACGUGUUUGUGAGGAAGUACCAGCCGGAUCGUUACAAGCUCUGGAAGGCUGGGAAGGACGUGACUGUCAUUGACCAUACUCUUCCAACACCGGAAGCAGCAGAAUUCCUUAAAGGGGAUCUUAUGCAAAAAGUCAAGAGUGGGAAGCAGUAUGCUGAGGAAAUGGAAACAGGAGAAACGUGUAAAGAGGAGGUGGACGGGGAUGAGACAAAAAGCGUGCCGAAGCAUCGCAUUGGAACCAAAAGGCACAGAGUCUGCCUGGAAGUACCUCAGGAAGUGAGUGAGAGUGAGGCCUUCCCCAAGGAGGAGCUGAGCUCUGCGCAGGAUGAAGCAGACGCGGCACAGCCUUGUGAGAUACCCACAAGUGAAGCUGGGCAGCAGGGUGAACAAGGGCGCAAGCUUUCAGAUUGUGGGGGCUCAGCCAAAUUUGAAGAACUGAAAGCUGUGAAGCUUGAGGAGGAAGAAGAGGAAGAGCAAGAAGCAGCUGCAUUGGACCUCUCCAUUUCGCAUGCUUCAAAUUCUACUUCAGUUUUGCCGACUUCGAAGCAGAGUGCAACUUGCAGCGUUCAGCCUGGCUCGCCAGCAUAUUCUGGUUCUUCAGACUCUGAAUCGACUGAUCUGUUGCCAAAAAGAACUGUACCUGGGCCAGCUGGGGUGCUUACAGUCCAUAGCUACGCUAAAGGGGAUGCCAGUGGAUCUGACAGUGAACAGACUUCAGGAAAGAAAACCAGUGCUACUGCCAGCAUGAAUGAACAAGAACUGGCAGAGGCAGCAAAGGAGUACAUCAGAUCAAUGAAGGAGAGUAAGAAAUCCAAGGGUCGUCGCCAGCCAUUGAGCAAGCUCCCCCGCCAUCACCCGCUCUUGGUUAAAGACUGCAUUAGUGAUGACGAGGCAUCGGAGCAACUGACUCCUGAAGAAGAAGCUGAAGAGACGGAAGCUUGGGCCAAGCCACUUAGCCAGCUGUGGCAGAAUCGGCCACCAAAUUUUGAGGCUGAAAAAGAAUACAACCGGACCAUGGCUCAGCAGUCUCCUUACUGUGCUGUUUGUAUGCUCUUCCAGACGUAUCAGGCAGAGUGUGGAGGCAACAGUCAAAGCUCUGGAGUAACUCCAGGUGCUGCAGAUGGGAAGAUCCGAACCAAACCCCUGAUUCCUGAGAUGUGCUUCACUACAACUGGCUGCAGCACUGAUCUCAAUCUUUCAACCCCCUACUUAGAGGAAGAUGGAACCAGCGUACUCAUCACCUGCAGGAACUGCCAAGUUUGUGUUCAUGCAAGUUGUUAUGGUGUACCCCCUGACAAGGCCACUGAAGACUGGAUGUGCUCCAGGUGCACAGAAAAUGCCUUAGAAGAGGAUUGCUGUUUGUGUUCAUUACGAGGAGGAGCACUGCAGAGAGCCAAUGAUGACAAAUGGGUUCAUGUAAUGUGUGCUGUAGCUGUACUGGAGGCAAAAUUUGUGAACAUCGCAGAGCGCAGUCCUGUAGAUGUUGGCAAAAUCCCCCUGCAACGUUUCAGACUGAAAUGCAUCUUCUGCAAAAAACGAAGAAAGAGAAUCGCAGGUUGCUGUGUACAGUGCUCCCACGGUCGGUGUCCCACAUCCUUUCAUGUUAGCUGUGCCCAAGCAGCAGGAGUCAUGAUGCAGCCUGAUGACUGGCCAUUUGUUGUCUUCAUUACCUGCUUCAGACAUAAGAUCCCAUCACAGGCAGAGCGAGCGAAGGCUGCACUCCAAGAUCUGUCACCUGGACAGAUAGUCAUCAGCAAGCACAAGAAUGGUCGCUUCUAUCAAUGCGAAGUGGUCAGCCUUGCAAAGGAGACUUUCUAUGAGGUCAACUUUGAUGAUGGCUCCUUCAGCGACAACCUGUAUCCAGAAGACAUUGUGAGUCGAGACUGCCUUCAGUUAGGUCCUCCUGCUGAAGGUGAAGUUGUGCAGGUCAGAUGGACAGAUGGACAGGUUUAUGGAGCCAAGUUCGUCGCAUCACACGCCAUCCAGAUGUACCAGGUGGAAUUUGAAGAUGGGUCUCAGCUGAUGGUGAAAAGGGAUGAUGUGUACACUCUGGACGAGGAGCUUCCUAAGAGAGUCAAGUCAAGGCUGUCAAUAGCUUCAGAUAUGCGCUUCACAGAGAUCUUUGCAGAGAAGGAGGUCAGACAAGAGAGGAAGAGACAAAGAGUGAUCAAUUCACGCUACCGGGAAGAUUACAUUGAACCCGCAUUGUACCGGGCCAUCAUGGAGUAAGCGCUGCCUGUGGCAGAGGAAGAAGAUGCCCACUUUCCCCAAGGAUUUAAACGCUCCAGUACAACAGGCCAUAUUUGGAUGCUUCAAAUCCAGGGUUUUUUGUUUUGUUUUGUUUUGUUUUUUCUAAGGAAGCUAAAAAGCUGAUGCUCUGCAGUAGCUGAAAGGCAGCUGUUCAGUAGUGAAACAGAUCCCAUUUGCUGAAGCUGAUGCCUGCAGACUCCUGGUCUGAAGUUGGGUCCUUACUGAAUAAGCCAGCUUGAAGGGGGUGCUGCUUUCAUCUCGUCGAGCAGUCUUGCUUUUUCUAUUAGAGACAAUAUGACAGGUGGCGAACUCUUCUGGGAGUUCUAGCCAGAAAUCUUGGCAGCUGCAGAAUAGUACAAAGUCUAUUGUUUUAUCAGAAUAAUGUUCCUGAUCUUGGGAGUCUCCCUGGUGGCCACACCUGGGCUUGAGCAGGCAGUAUUACUGGUGCUUGACGUUGAACCUCUUUUUAUAUUUAUAUCCAUCUUUUUUUUUUUUUUUUUUUUGUUGCAAGCAGCUUCAGGCUCUUGUUUCUCAGCACCUCCUUUCUGAGGGUUGAGCUGUAGGCUGUUCAGAUCCAAGCAGACAGGAGGUGCUUCUGUGAACAGGUGAAAUGUGAAAUUGAACCCUGUUGGACAAAUUAUUUAAUCCUCCACUUAAUAUUUCUGUUCUGAUGCUUGUUUAGACUUACUCAUAAGUUUAACUGUAUGUGCCUCAGUAUCAAAAAAAAAAAAUCUGUCUGGAGCCCUGCACAGUGCAGCCUUCUAACAAGAAUAAGCAUUCAGCUCCCAAUAGACACUCAGUUCCCAAAGAUUUUCUUUUAAGUUUCUUCCCACUCCCACUAAGGCAAUAAUGACCAACGGGACAGAGUUCUAACUCUUCCUUCUUCAAAUCCAAGCAUCGCAGUAUUGGGUAUGACAGGGCAGCGGUACCUGAGGCAGUGCGGUACCUCUUCUGUGGCAGCACUGCCCUUCGUGUGGCCACAGGCUUUUGCUUACAACAGCUGAAUUUGGGUCUGUGAGAGAUCAAGCAUGCGCUGAACUGGAUGUAUUACUGAAGAGCUGUGCAGUGCUCUUCUGAGGGAGGAGUGCUGCCACGUUGCAGUCUAGCAAAGGUUACCACAGCAUUUUUACAGAGCGUAAGUAGGGCACAUCCCGGUUGCGUUGGAGAGGACUUGCUACCUCAGCAACAGGAAGUUGAGUUAAGCUGGGGAGUAGGUGUACCUCAAAGAUGUGCCAGCGUGCUCCUAGUAACUUAAGCAUUAACACACCACAGCAGGAGCCGUGUAAAUACACGUUCCUUUCCCGUUCUGUAGGAAAGGGACUGUAGGCUGUGGAGCAGAUUGGCCACCUUCCUUUUGCAUGGGAUGAUGAGGUGACUUUCCUGCUGGAGAAAACUAAGGUAAUGUUCUCCAGAAACAGUUUGAGAGGAGAAUUUUCUAGUGAAACAGACCUAAUGCAUCCCUGCUUCUAUAGGGACAUAGCAAAGUGUCUGCAAAGUCUGGAUUUGUAACUUUUUUCCUUUUGUUACGUAGGAACGCUAUAAACCAAACUAUUCUGAAACCCCGGUGCAUCAAUUUGUGAUUAGCAAUAAAAUGUAGUAUUGUGUAGUGAUACAACUCUUGACCAGAAAAGAAAUAAACUACAACUUUUAUAAAGAAAAUCUUCCUCAUCCCUACAUUUUUCUAGGGUCAGGAGGCUGAUAUGAGUAGCAAAGAUUUGCACAACCACAAUUUUUCAUGGAGUUCCUCUGUCUCAUUUUUGUGGUGGAGUAUCUUGUUCAUCAGUAUUGGAAGGCUUAAACAGAUUCUGAAAGGAGACAGUGGCUUUCCUUUGUGUAUUUUUUUUUUUUGUUAAUGUCCAAAACUCCUGGUCUCAGGGUAUUAAAUCAUUUUCUGAUGAAUGGGGGAUAGUUGAUAAAACUAGGAUCUAUGAAGGCCAGAGUCUAGUAGCUGUGGGUACUCUGGUCUAUGCAAUGGAAGCAGAAUUGCACUUCGGCAUCGUAGCCUAUACCUAAGCCUCUCUGAAGCGAUGUGCUAUUAGUGAAUGUGGAGAAGAGCUGGCAGGUUCUUAACAAACUUGCCUCUGCUCCUUCAGCAUAUCUUAAGAUACGGUAUUAACUUCACGUAGGCUGAACACUACCUGCAUAUUACUGAGAAAUGUAUUCCUUUUGCCAUCUGCCAUUCUCCCUCCAGGGAAAAAGAGGCCUGUGUGCAGGCUUUCUCCUCAAACCGCCAUAUAACUCAGCCGCACCUUCGGGUGCCACGUGCUACCUGUGCUACAAACACCUAGCUCUAAACAGCUUCAUCCUAAACGGAUAGCCUAGGACAACACAGCUGGAGUUGUUUGGAGUGCUGCUGUUAAACUGCAGCAGGUUUUGCUACCCACCUCUAGGAGUAUUGAGCCAAGAGCUUCUAUGCCUUGUUCUGGAGCAGGAGCUUUGUUCUGCUGCGUUUUCUGUGGGCUCCAGACUUUGCUCUUGUCAGCUGGCUGCACUGUGCUGGAGACCGCUGCCAUCCUGCACUCCGCGACAAAGGGCCUUUCUGAGUUUCCUGUCAGUUCUUGUGCUGCAUCGUUCAAAUGUGAACAUACUUUAUCCUAGUGCAGUGGUUGAACUGCGUUUUGGCUCCUGUCUGUGAACUUCAAAUUGGUGAUCCUGAUGUUCGGGAGUGGGGAUCUGUAUUAUUUGACUUGUCAAAAAAACAUUGGGUUUAUGGCUUGAAGCAUAACAGGUAGCAAUAAAAGCUCUUUAUAGAGCAGCUGUCUCAAAGGUACAUUUGCUUUUAGUUACCUGGAGUUUGAUCAUGACUGAUAACAAUUUUUUAAGUAGUUUGUUUUCUAGGCGUGUGUUUAUCGAUGUUACGGCAUCAUUCCAGUCCGGGCAAGGUGCUGCCAGGAGUAUCUGCUAGUCAGGGGCUUCUUCAGAGCGUUCAGUAGGAAAUCCUGCUCGGUAUGCCCCCUGGGAGCUCUCACGGCCCUUCGUUGGGUCCAUUACACGUGAUGCUGCAGGCAGUAGACCUCCUCACUUCACUUUUCAUGAAGCUUCCAUCUGUGACUGGUUCAGGUUGGACCCAUAAAAAGCAUUUUUAGUAUAAAUGAAUCAUGGUUUGCCCUUGUUCAGGAUGAGCUUGGCAAGCCAGUGGUAAUUUUUUAUAAGGUUUAAAAAGGUGACUGUAUUCUUUCUAAAGCACCUGAUUGCAGUAAUGUUUCUUCUGCCUGUGGCUGGCCUUCCAGGAGGCCUUUCUCCAUCAGAAGACCUCUCAGGUGACCAGAGACAGUACUGUCAGAAGCAGAAUCUGGUCUGCUUGCUCCUGCUCUCUUCCCAGUGUUUUGAGCUGGGGCUGGACUGAUUCUGCACUGUUUGAGGAGUGUGGCCCUCUGACUGAUCGCGUAUCGGAAGGCUUCCACGCAUCUCUGUUCUUCCAUUCUCUAACUGGGCUCCUGUUGUCUGACAUGUCUGCAGUUGUGCUUGUUUGUUUUUCUUUUUUUAAAUGCAAACAUGGGAUGAAAACAAGACUCUGGUAGCCUGUAUUUUGUUUUCAAUUUGAACAAGUAAUAAAUCUAAUCUCAAAAUGG